GCUGGCGGUAAGGCAGGAAAAGACAGUGGCAAGGCCAAGGCGAAAGCAGUGUCGCGCUCCCAGAGAGCUGGACUUCAGGUAAGAUUUGAAUACCGCUGCAGUGAUCUUAUAUACUGAACAAAAAUAUCAACGCAUCAUGUGAAGUUUUGGUUUCAUGAGCUCAAAUAAAAAAAUCCUAGAAAUGUUCCAUAUGCACAAAGCUUAUUUCUCUCAAAUGUUGUGUACAAAUGGUUUACAUCCCUGUUGGUGAGCAUUUCUCUUUUGCCAAGAUAAUCCACCCACCUGACAGGUGUGGCAUAUCAUUACACAGGUGCACCUUGGACUGGGAACAAAAUUACACUUUAAAAUGUGCAGUUUUGACACAACGCUACAGAUGUCUGAAGUUUUGAGGGAGCGUGCAAUUGGCAUUCUGACUGCAGGUAUGGCCAACAGAGAUGUUGCCAAAUCAAUGUUCAUUUCUCUACCAUAAGCUGCCUUCAACGUCGUUUUAGAGAAUUUGGCAGUACGUCUAACCGGCCUCAACCGCAGACCAUGUGUAACCAUGUCAGCCCAGGACCUCUACAUCUGGCUUCUUCACCAGCGAAAUCGUCUGAAGUUGGGGGAUGCAGAGUAGUGUUUCUAUCUGCAAUAAAGCCCUUUUGUGGGGAAAAACUAAUUCUGAUUGGGUGAGCGUGGCUCCCAAGCCACCUAUGGCUGCACCCCUGCCCAGUUAUACUGGGGGGGAAAAAUAUGAAUGCAACAAUUCCAAUGAUUUUAUUGAGUUACAGUUCAUAUAAGGAAAUCAGUCAACUUAAAUAAUCUAUGGAUUUCACAUGACUGGGGAGCAAGGCCCAGCCAAUCAGACUCAAAUACUCCUCAAUUUCAUCAGCUGUCCGGGUGGCUGGUCUCAGACGAUCCCGCAGGUGACGAAGCUGGGUGUGGAGGUCCUGGGCUGGCAUGGUCACAAAUGGCAACUGCUCUCGAGGACAUUCCUGCAGUCAGCAUGCCAAUUGCAAGCUCCCUCAACUUGAGACAUCUGUGGCAUUGUGUUGACACAACUGCACAUUGUAGUGGCCUUUUAUUGUGCCUAGCUCAAGGUGCACCUGUGUAGUGAUCAUGCUGUUUAAUCAACUUCUUGAUAUGUCACACCUGUCAGGUGGACGGAUUAUCUUGGCAAAGGAGAAAAGCUCACUAACAGGGAUGUAAACAACUGUGUGCAAAAUUUGGGAAGCUUUUUGUGCGUAUGGAACAUUUCUCGGAUCUUUUUUAUUUCAGCUCAUGGGACCCAUGUUUAAUUUGAGCCUCUCAGUUUGGACUGUUUUGUUCUGGAACUUAUUUGGCCGGAUCCGGAACCUCUCGUUGCAUUAAUGAUUUUAACUUCUUGCAAUGUAAAAAUUCUAACCAAAGCGAUCGAAGUUCAUUUGAGGUGACUCUUUGUUAAUUACCUGCCCCCACAAAAAAAGCGUCACGUGAAAAAGUAGAUUCUCAGCCCGUGCCUAAUAUUCUAAGCGUUUUAUUUGGGUUGAUUUUGCGCAACAUUGAAACGUAUGUUAGAGACCAAUCUGUGGCUGAGACGCAUGCCAGUAUGUCUCGCAUAACUAUAAUGAGAUUCAUUUUCUAUGAUCUCUCUACUCCGCUAGACAUGAGCCUGCAACUCACAUCUCUAGCGUUGCACUUCGUAAUUUAUUUCCUUAUAGAAUCAUAGCCACAAAAGGGUUCUGAGCGAACUGCAGCACCCCUGAUGAACGUAAAGACAUUUGCUAAAGUUAUAGAAUUACUGCGGUCUGCUCAGAAAUAAAUUAAAUUAUUCAGAAUAGCCUACUACACCAUGAAAAGGCCUAUAAUUUAGCCACAGAGGAUCAAUAGAUUAUAUAAAAGAAUAGCCUAGCUGUGAUUGUAGCCCAAUAACAAGGAAUAGCCAACAGUCGGCAACAUGCGGCAAAUCUGUCAGUUAAAAAAACUGCAUGCAGACAACAGGCCUUUCGCAAUAUUUCGAAUGCGAUCAAGGGAAAACACAGGUUGGACAGCAAAUGACUCUGCUGAAAGAGAACACUAUGCUGUAGGCUACCAAAAUAUUUGAUCAACUUCCAAAUAUUGUUUUACGAGAGCGACGCUUUUGGCACGGGUCGACAAUCACCAGCGAGUGAUCUGUGUAUCAUUGGUGAAACUAGAAACCAUUUUUAGGACUAAUUUCCUUAUCUUGUAGCCUACAAUAUGUCUCCACACGCCAAGGCUAUUGAUGGAUUCAAGACAAGGUCGUUUUUAAUGAGCUCAGUUUGUCAGUGUCAAAGUAGCCUGCCAUUUCGAUCAUUUGUGCGGUAUCAAAAAAUAUUCUGCCAGUCUCCAGUCAUGAAAAAUGAAAUGCGUUUAUAAAGGGCAACAUUUUUCCCGGACCUUAGGCUACUAAAAACGUUCCCUAUGUGUGCAACUUCUGUAAGUCCCUCUACUGUACUGCUCUCUACCACUACACAAAUGCGCUGUAAUGCAUGCCUAAUUAUAAAGGUGACUUUUUUUUAUGCGUUCUGGUACCUCAGAACUCCCCAGGUCACUUUACAUGUAGCAUUUUAUAUUUGUUCAGUAUAUUUCAAUUGACUGAUUUCCUUAUGAACUAACUCAGUAAAAUCUUUGCAUUUAUAUUUUUGUUCUGUGUGUGGAGUGCUUUCGGAAAGUUUUCAGACCCCUUGACUUUUUACAUAUUGAUAAAAUAAAUGUUUCCCCCCCUCAUCAAUCUACACACAAUACCCCAUAAUGACCGCAACGUUUUUGAAAUUUUUGCAAAUGUAUUAUAAAUAAAAUAAACAUACCUUAUUUACAUAAGUAUUCUGAACCUUUCCUAUGAGACUUGAAAUUGAGUUCAGGUGCAUCCUGUUUCCAUUGAUCAUCCUUGAUGUUUCUACAACUUGAUUGGAGUCCACCUGUGGUAAAUUCAAUUGAUUGGACAUGAUUUGGAAAGGCACACACCUGUCUAUAUAAGGUCCCACAGUUGACAGUGCAUGUCAGAGCAAAAACCAAGACAUGAGGUUGAAGGACUUUUCCGUAGAGCUCAGAGACAGGAUUGUGUCAUGGCACAGAUCUGGGGAAGGGUACCAAAACAAUUCUGCAGCAUUGAAGGUCCCCAAGAACACAGUGGCGUCCGUCAUUCUUAAAUGGAAGAAGUUUGGAACCACCCAGACUCUUCCUAGAGUUGGCUGCCCGGCCAAACUGUACAAUCGGGGGAGAAGGGCCUUGUUCAGGGAGGUGACCAAGAACCUCUGCAGCACUCCACCAAUCAGGCCUUUAUGGUAGAGUGGCUAGACGGAAGCCACUCUUCCAUAAAAGGCACAUGACAGCCCGCUUGGAGUUUGCCAAAAGGACUCUCAGACGAUGAGAAACAAGGUUCUCUGUUCUGAUGAAACCAAGCUUGAACUCUUUGACCUGAAUGCCAAACGUCACGUCUGGAGGAAACCUGGCACCAUUCCUACGGUGAAGCAUGGUGGCAGCAUCAUGCUGUGGAUAUGUGUUUCAGCAGCAGGGACUGGGAGACUAGUCAGGAUCCAGGGAAAGAUGAAUGGCACAAAGUACAGAGAAAUCCUUGAUGAAAACCUGCGCCGGCCCUCAGACUUGGGUGAACGUUCACCUUCCAACAGGACAUCAACCCUACGCACACAGCCAAGAUAACGCAGGAGUGGCUUUGGGACACGUCUCUGAAUGUCCUUGAGUGGCCCAGCCAGAGCCCGGACUUGAACGCUAUCGAACGUCUCUGGACGUGACAGAGCUUGAGAGGAUCUGUAGAGAAGAAUGGGAGAAAUUCCUCAAAUACAGGUGUGCAAAGCUUAUAGUGUCAUACCCAGAAUACUCAAGGCUGUAAUCGCUGCCAGAUGUGCUUCCACAAAGUACUGAGUAAAAGGUCUGAAUACAUAUGUGAAUGUGAUAUUUCUGUUUUUUUAAUACAUUGCCACAAAUUCUGUUUUUGCUUUGUCAUUAUGGGGUUGUGUGGAUUGAGGUGAAACAUUCGUUUUUUUUUCCAUUUUAGAAUAAGGCUGUAACAAUGUAGAACGGGUGGAGGUCUGAAUACUUUCCGACUGCACUGUAUAUGCACCUUAUCGUUCAUUAUAAUGGAUCUUGAGUUUCUGUUCUAUUAGGUAAGAGUAGCAAUGCUAUUUUCCAUGUUCCUGCUAUUACAAUAAAACUCUUCCAUUCAACUGGUUUGCAUUUGUUUGCUUCUCAAUGUUUCAGUGCUCAUGUACGGCUAUUACUAGAAACCACUCAUUCAUUGCAGAGCCAUUGUGUAGUGGUAACACUCCCUGGAACAUGUCACAAGUGCAACUGUCCAACAGAGACCAGGUUAAAUCCCUGUGUCCAACCUUCUCACUGUUUCUCCCACUUGCUUGUCUCCCCACAUCGUUUCCUUACUUUCUGAAUAGGUGUAAGUGCUAACUGUGCCACUAGAGAUCCUGGUUCGAAUCCAGGCUCUGUCGCAGCCGGCCGCGACCAGGAGACUCAUGGGCGGCGCACAAUUGGCCCAGCAUCGUCCAGGGUAGGGGAGGGAAUGGCCGGCAGGGAUGUAGCUCAGUUGAUAGAGCAUGGCGUUUGCAACGCCAGGGUUGCGGGUUCGAUUCCCACGGGGGGCCAGUAUAAAAAAAUAUGUAUUCACUAACUGUAAGUCGCUCUGGAUAAGAGCGUCUGCUAAAUGACUAAAAUGUAAAAAUGUAAAUGUAUUGCUAUAUAUAUCCUCAUCCCCUUUCCCCCCCCCCCCCCUGUUUUCUUCCUUCCAGUUCCCAGUGGGUCGUAUCCACAGGCACUUGAAGACUCGUACUACCAGCCAUGGCCGUGUAGGAGCCACAGCGGCCGUGUACAGUGCUGCCAUCCUGGAGUACCUCACCGCUGAGGUGCGCGUACCACUGACGCAUCUGAUCAAAUACAUCCUGUUGGAUUAGACUAUUGCUGUCAUGUAACCAAAAUGUCAUUUAUCAAUUUGUGAGUGAUUGGGAAGAUGUAUAAGAGUGCUAUUGAAUAGUAGAUCUCUGAAUCGUUUCAUAUUUGAGUUUAAGAUUUUUGUUUCCAGGUACUGGAGUUGGCGGGCAACGCUUCCAAAGAUCUGAAGGUGAAGCGCAUCACCCCUCGCCACUUGCAGCUCGCUAUCCGUGGAGACGAGGAGUUGGACUCCCUCAUCAAGGCCACCAUCGCUGGAGGAGGUGAGUUGUGAAGGCACACCGUUAUUAGAUCACUUGCUCUCACACACAGUUAUUGGAACAAACACACGCAUAAUCGCCCUCCACAUAUGCACCCGUUUUUGGAUCAUUGCUAUUGUACGUGGUGUUUUCAAAAUACUAGAUGUCCACAUCUCCAUUUCUUUCAUAACAUGCAUACGCUCGUGUUCUUGUUUGACCACUGUUUGCUUCUGUUUCCAGGAGUGAUCCCUCACAUCCACAAGUCCCUGAUUGGGAAGAAGGGCCAGCAGAAGACUGCGUAG